GCAGUGUUGUUCCCUCACAGAGAAGAGCUGUGCUGCUUUAGCAUCAGCUGCCAGAUCAACCUCCUGCCGUUUGAAGCAGCUGAACCUAUCUGGCAAUAAGAUUCAUGAUGCAGGAGUUCAACAUCUCUCAGACCUCCUCAAGAAUCCCUACUGCAAACUAGAGAUACUAGAGCUGAAGGGUUGUUCCCUCACAGAGAAGAGCUGUGCUGCUUUAGCAUCAGCUGCAAGAUCAACCUCCUGCAGUUUGAAGCAGCUGAACCUGGGAUUCAAUGAUGAGAUUCAUGAUGCAGGAGUUCAGCAUCUCUCAGACCUCCUCAAGAAUCCACUCUGCAAACUAGAGAUACUAAAGCUGCAGCGGUGUUCCCUCACAGAGAAGAGCUGUGCUGCUUUAGCAUCAGCUGCCAGAUCAACCUCCUGCAGUUUGAAGCAGCUGGACCUAUCUGGCAAUACGAUUCAUGAUGCAGGAGUUCAACAUCUCUCAGACCUCCUCAAGAAUCCACACUGCAAACUACAGAUACUAGAGCUGAAGAGUUGUUCCCUCACAGAGAAGAGCUGUGCUGCUUUAGCAUCAGCUGCCAGAUCAACCUCCUGCAGUUUGAAGCAGCUGGACCUAUCUCACAAUGACAUUCAUGAUGCAGGAGUUCAACAUCUCUCAGACCUCCUCAAGAAUCCCCACUGCAAACUGGAAAUACUAACGGUGGGUAAUCCGUAUGAUGAAUCUGGUCGUACCUUCAGAAGGGAGAGUCCAGCAGCAGCAGCAGCCUCCACUAGCAGCUCCCACUCCUCAGAUGCUGCAGAGCUGCACCUCACAGACAAAACCCAGCAGGAUCCAGGAGCACAGCUGCUCUCUGAUGACACUCCCAACAGCGAUGACCCAAAGAGGAGCUGUGAAUCCUGUGUUCCAGACACCAGCCACUGGGUCCUGGUGGAGCCUGAAGUCUCCACAGAGAAGAGCGUCUCAACCUACAGCCUGAGCUCUCCUGCAGGGAGCUAUGAGUGCUCAGAGUCUGGUCUGCGCUGGUCGUGUGCCGGUCCAGUCACCCUGCAGUACCGCUUCACAGACUGGCAUGUCUAUGCUGAAGAGCUGGCCCACAUGCAGUCCAGACCAGCUGGUCCUCUGAUGGAUAUCAGCCUCAUGUCAGGAGAGCUGGAGGAGAUCCAUCUGCCACAUUUCCUGUGUUUGGGGGGUUGUGAGGCGUCUGUGCGUGAUGCUGUGAGAGUCCUGCAUGGGCGGGACAGCGGAGUGUGUGUGGAGGUGUGUGAGCUGACCCGACGCCAUGCCAGGCUUGCCCACCCCUCCUUCUCUCCUCUUGGAGUGGUCUACUAUUUAAAAUCUCUGCUGUUUCCCAUGACAGUCCAUUCAAAAGUGCUGGUCUAUCAGAGCAGCAGGUCACCCCUGGUUUUCCACGCCUACCUCCUGCCUGAAGAUGCCCGUCUGAAGGAGCUGGUGGAGAGAGAUGAGGAGAAGUUAGGGGGGGUUUGGAGGGCAAAUCCCCAGCCUGUCAGGCCUCUUCAGAUGGACGGCUUCUAUAGCCUAAGGACUGACUACUGUCCCUCUAAGAUCUACCCAGAGGAGCUGAUGCUGAGAUACAGCAAAACCACCCCCAACUUCUUCAAGGUGAAGCUUUCACAUGAUGCCUCCUUUCACAUGGUGUUGUUCAGCUCUGCAGACAGCAGGGGGCAGUCUGUGUGGACAGCAGAGUUCCAAUCAGGUGAUGACGGAGAUGCCAGACCACUACCAGGGAGUCGGGGAAGGACCAGAGGCGCUCCCACUGAAGGUCAGAACAGCAGUCAAACUGUGGCUCCUUCAGUGUCUCAUAACCAAGUCCAGAGAGACGUGAACAUCACAACUCAUAUUCACGUCCAACCAUCACCAGCAGUCAACACAGACAGGGACUACUUGCAGCCCAGCAGGAGCCCAGGACAGGACGGCAUCCAGGAGGCAGCUGGCUUUGUGGACGAGAAGAGGGCAGAGCUCAUCAGCAGGGUGACAGAGGUGAUGCCCAUAGCCGACGAGCUCCUCGACCAGAGAGUCAUCGUCCGGGAGACCUACUCUAACAUCCAAGCUGCUCCCACCAGUGAGGACAAAAUGAGGGUCCUUUAUGAGGGCCUUCACUCAGCUGGAGCUCAGGGCAAACUGGCCUUCUACAGGAUCCUUCAGGCACAGCAGCGCCUCCUAGUGGAGGAUCUGUGGACAGCGUGACCACAGCAGGACACCCAGCCUGCCAGGGUCUACUCUCAUCUCAGAGAUCCUGCCAAAAUACUGCUCCUCUUUCCUCAAGAUCCUGAGUGUUUCUCAAAGUUAAGGAUGCUUCCUUGGUAGGAUGGGUCCUUUUGAGACCAUCCAGGUCGGGUCCUUCAAAAGCUAUGCAGGAGGACUCCUUCCUAGCAUUCAGAGAACAAACAAUGAAACAGUCUAGCGAGUGUGCAGGUGUACAUCAUUGAAAAGUUCCCACCUUCAAAUUCUGCACCACUUUAUUUGUAAAAAGGCUCUGGUACGUGCGCAUAGGAUUGUGGGUUAGGAAGUUCAGAUGAAAAUGUCUUUCAGAUUAACUCAACCCUGAUCUGAGCUCUGGUCUCUCUCAUAUACUCUUUAAUAUGAGCUCAGGUAUCUUUCAGAUAGUCUUUAAUCAGUACUUUUCUUACAAAUCUUGUGGCACCGCCACAGAUGAAUUAGAUGAAUUUAGACACCCUCCCAAAAGACCCCAGUAAGAAACAGAGUUUACACUGUUGAGGUACAGGAGGGGGAGUCUAGAGAGAAUUCUAAUGGGAAAUCCACAUUUCUUCUAAGUAUUGUACUGGAUAUGGUGACGGUCUAUUCUUUAUUUUCUGUACAAUUGUAUUCUUAUUUUCUGUAUAAUUGUAUUUCUUUUUCAUCCCUGUGUAAAAUGGUGAUCCAGAAUGUUACGGAUCAUAUACAGGAAGUGGAACUUUUAAGUUGACAUAAAACAGAGCACACCUGAGGAAACAGGAAGUGAGUGCAUGUGUGGGACACCUGAGAUCUCGGGUGCAGGUCAAGCAGCCAUUUCGUGUGCCAGGAAAACUGGAGGAAAUCUGGAAGGAGCCUGAGUCCAGUUAAAUGGGAUUUAUCCUCUCUGUCUUGCCUAUUUCUGGAAUAUAAGGUACUCUGAUUUUUCCAUCUUUUUGGCAAGAGAAGAGGAGUUUUUUUUUUAGUUUGUUUGUCGUCGCACAUGGUGUCCGGACAUGGUCUGAAGGCUGACUUUUUCUGUAGGACACUGCUUUACCACGAUCUCAUGUUUGAAGCAAGACUUCAAGGGACUUAAUAUAUAAUUUGAUGUGUUUUGACUCAUUUGUUGUUUAGUGUUAAAUGUUUGAUAAGGUUCAUGAAGUUUGUCCUUAAAGCUGAGUGAAUUAAGGAAUUAGUUUGUCUUGUGUUUUCAAGUUGCACCUCUACAGUGUCUCGAAUUAAUGUUAAUAACUUGAGUUUCUGAGUUGAAGCCAAUUUGUUACAAUCUAAUCUUUAUUUAGCACUUAGUCAUAUGACAACUGUGGUGUGUUGUACAUUCCUGUAUCUGUACGGUUUAAUGAUGUCAUUCUUUUCUUUCUGUUUAUAAUCACAUUGAUCAACUCACAAUGUCUUCCGUUGCCAUUUAAAAGCUGUAAUACAAAGGAAUUCAUAUUUUCAUAUGGGAAAUUCUUUUUAAUUGAUGAAUGACUUUGGUUGUCCUAUAAUUCUACUAUAAUGUUUGUAUUGUUCCAUUUGGACUGUUUUGUAAAUAAACAAUUGAAUCAAAUAAGUCUCUGGUGUAACCCUCCACUCAUUUAGACAGAGUGUACUGAAGUGGAGAUGAGGUAGCCUGAUAUGGAUGGUGUUUCUGAUUGGCUGCUGGACUCACCUGAGGAAAGCCCCUGAUGAGUUCAGACAGGUCUGUUUGAUCCGGGAGGGAGAGAGAUGGAAAACAUGGCCUGGAGUGGGAUUCCCUUAGAAGCAGGACUGGCUAAACUACCACAGGGCCAUCAGCUCUCAUCAGUCAUUCACUACACAAGGCUGGGAAGGUGAUACCUCCCUGCUCUACACACA